AUGGCUGAUGCUGCUGUUAGUGCUACUAUUCGGGUUGCACUGCAGACGGUUGUUUCCCUUGCCGCUGAUCAGGUUAGUCUGGUUCGUGAAUUUCCACAGGAGCUGGAGAGACUCAACAGAUCUGCUGAAAUGAUCCGAGGCUUCUUGGCCGGUGCUGAUGAGGAAAUGCAUAGCCACGAUCCGAAGCUUGUUGGGGUGCAAAAUUGGCUCAAGCAACUGGAAGAAGAGGUUUUCAAAGCUGACAAUGUGCUGGACGAGCUCAACUAUGAAAAUCUUCGUCAGAAGGUGAAGUAUCAAAAUCAACUCAUGAAAAAGAAGGUAUUCCUCUGCUUUUCAUUCUUUAAUACAGUCCGUUUUCGUUCGAGGUUGGCUUCAACGAUCAGGGAGAUCAACACGAACCUUGAGAGGAUCCAUCGGGAUGCCGAAGGUUUGGGACUGGCCUACAAGCGCCGAGUUGAAGAAGCAUUCCCUACUAUUGCUGCUGGAGCCCCAACAAGCCGACAGACUGACUCUACUAUUGUGCGAAGAGAUGUCCUAGGAAGAGACGAGGAUGAAUCAGAAAUAGUUAAGAAGUUGUUGACCGAAUCUGAAAGUGUUAUUUCAGUUAUUCCCAUAACUGGCAUGGGUGGUUUAGGAAAAACAACUCUGGCUAAAGCCGUUUACAAAAAUGAACAAAUUGCUGGACAUUUUGACCAAACAAUGUGGGUUUCUGUGGCUAAAAAAGUAGAUGAAAUCGAGGUGGUCUUCAAAAUGAUUCUAAAAUCGUUAACAGAUAGAGAGACCGAAGGGGAUCCUAGGGAGGAAAUAGUUAAAAAAAUUCAGCAUGAACUCAAGGAAAAAAGAUAUUUCCUUGUUCUUGAUGAUUUGUGGAAUGAUCAAGAAGUAUUGUUGAAUGACUUUUUCAGCACUUUGGCGGGACUCAAUACCAAGAAAGGGAGCUGGUGUCUUGUUACCACUCGUCUGCAAGAAGUGGCAAUUAUUCUGUCUAGACAUCCGCAGAUCAAUUUUACUCGCCAUGAGCUGAGAAAGCUAUGCAAUAAUGAUUGCUGGUCUAUCAUGAAAAAAUGGGCAACUGUAGGGGAAGAAGUACCAAAAGAAUUGGAAGACAUAAGGGAGCAAGUUUUAAGAAGAUGUGACGGUCUACCUCUCUCAGCAAAGCUAAUUGGAGGAUUGUUAUCUAAAAGAGAAAAGAGGAGUGGCUAUCUAUUUUGGAGGAGAGUCUCUUGA